UCUCUCCUCCUCUGCACUAUAAACACACACACACUGCUACAGGGACCAGAGACGACAGACUUGGACAUUUUUCACUGGAUGCUUUCUUCAAUACGGUUGAAAGGCAAGAUCAUUCUCUUAUUUGCUUGCUGUCUCGAUAUAUUCAUCUGUCAGGACCUAUUUUCCUGCCGCCGCACUGGAGAAGCUCUUUGGUGCAGAAGAGAAAAGCUCCUCCAUCAGUGGACAGAUAAAGUCUGCUCAGGAAUCAUGGGGCUGCUGAAAGUCUCUGUCAUCUUUCUUCUUUCAUUAAUCACGAUGACUUUAGCGGAACCGCCUGGAUGCAAGAUCCGCAUCACCGACAGAGGACUGGAGAUGCUGAAGGCCGAGACUAAGAGGUUCGUGGAAGGAGAGUUGAGUAACAUCACCAUGCCAGAGAUGCGUGGUAAAGAGGGCCGCUUCCAGUACACCAUCAAAGAUGUGAAGAUCACGGAGCUGAACCUGACCUCUGACCUGCGCUUCCAGCCCGACGUGGGGCUGCUGUUCGAGGUGCAGAACUCCUCCAUCACCCUCAACUUCCAGAGACGCAUCCUUUACUGGCUCUUUUAUGAUGAGGGAGCCAUCAACGCCUCAGCUGAAGGAGUCAACAUCUUCACAGUCCUCCAUCUCAUUAAAGACCAGGACGGACGUCUCAAGAUCUCCAACAUCACCUGCAAUGCGUUCAUCACCAAGAUGAGGGCCAGAUUUAGCGGGACCCUCGGGAGGGUUUAUGACUUCAUCGGAACGUUACUGACUACAGGAAUGCGCUUCGUCUUGAAUAAACAGAUUUGUCCUGCGUUGAAUCAUGCUGCACUAGUUCUGGUUAACCAGCUACUGGAAACAGUCCCAGUGCGCACGGAGGUGAACAGUUACGUGGGCAUCGAUUACUCGCUGCUGAAUGACCCCGUGGUGACAGAAACUAGCCUUGAUAUGGAUUUUAGGGGCAUGUUUUACGACCUGAAGAAUGAGAACGAGACGCUUGUGAACAACGCUGUGAAUCCGGUACUGAGAGAGUAUGAUCGUAUGGUCUAUCUCGCUCUCUCUGAGUACUUCUUUGACAGCGGCCUCUACUCUUACUUCAAAGGCGGACUGUUCCAAACGCAGAUAGCUAACGAACGAAUGUCGAAGGACUUAGAGAUGCUCCUCAGGACCACCUACUUGGGGAAAAUCAUGAUGCUGGACCCGGCUUUCAUGGAGCAUCCUCUGUCGCUGGAGUUAGAGGUCACAUCUCCUCCUCGCUCCACUAUCAAGACCUCUGGUGCCAUGGUGGCCGUCAACUGUAACGUCAAAGUGUUGGUUCUUCCUCCAGGAAAACCAGCAGUCCAGCUCAGCAGCUUGACCAUGGAAGGCAAGUUCAACGCAGAAGUGUCGAUGAAGGGCAAGCGCUUGACCAUCCAUUUAGAGCUGAAAAAGUUCAAAAUUUUCUCCAGUGAAUCUGCUUUCGAGUCUUUUGCUCUUAUUCCACUGCAAGGUCCGUUGAAGACGAUGCUGCAGAUAUCAGCGGUGCCUCUCAUUAACAAUUACAUUAAGCGAGGUGUGCAGAUCCCUCUACCGGACGGGAUGGACUUCAUUGAAGAGGUGGUCGAGUAUCACAAUGGCUACAUCAUAGUCGGGGCAAACCUCCACUUCAGAACAGGUCUGAGAGAAAUAAUCGAGAGGAAGCUGUCGGGUGAAACAGACAACUCAGUUUAAGACGAGAAGAGCCACGCUAACAUUACUGCAUGUGCAAAGCCAUGCACAAAUACUAAAAUAAGGAGCAAUAAAUGGAGGUUUUAAAAGAGAAGAACUAACCUUCCAGCAGAAGCAUGAUGUUUAUUAACUGUACAUCAUUUCAUCCUCAAGACCUGCUGUCGUUAAUAUCAACAUUAACUCUAAAUUUGCCCUAUUUAGUCUUUGAAUACACAUUCCUGAUGUAAUCGUGUGCAGUCUUUUUUAUAAUCUUUGAAUUGCUUCUGCAAUUUUUUCCCCAAACGUAAAUGCAAUAAUUUAUUGCUCAUAUAAUGAAUAUGAGCAGUGUCUGUUUAUAAUGAGUGCAAAUGACCAAAGGUGUUGGCAAAGCCUGUUUUCACUAUUGCUGGGGUAUUUCACCUUUAGCACAAAUAGCAUGUUACUUCUAUUUACACUUUGUGCAAACAGCAUCUAUCACUAUUUGCUCUCAGUGUAAAUACAAUCUAACUUUUUACACUCAGUGUAAAUAGCUGUUGCAUAACGAUUACCCCAGUAUAAGCAAAUAAGUAUAUAUUUACAAAAAGCAGCAUUACUGUUUGGAUACGUACUGUAGAGAUGCUCUUGAGGAGAGCAGACCCCCCACGAUCCAAUACAGAGUUACAUUCAGACAUGACUCAGUUCUAGUAUCAAACACCCACUCUAUUAAUCAGUGCAUUAUUAAUAUGAAGCACCGAACUACUUUAUUCACAUUUCAGAAGCAAAAUGGGUUGCAAAUGUUGGUUAGUGUUAACUUUAAGGUAUUACACAAUUGAGUGAACCCCGAAACACAUGCACAAUGAUUUUUAUCUUUUGUUUUCGUAAAGUUUUAUCGUAUAUUGGUUGUUUAAUAUGUGAUUGGUUUGCCAUCCUCAUUUGUGAAUGAAACUCUAUACCUCUUUAUAAAAUUGACAUGUUAAAAAUCA